AUGGUUCUGUCCGUUUUUGCUGUGCUGCGCUGCUACACCGAUAGGAUUUGCUUCAACAUCUUCGAAGAGCCGGUUACCUUGCCUCUGUGCGGCCACAGCUUUUGUCUGCGCUGUGUCAGAGGAGUGGCCGCUUGCCCCGUCUGCCGGGGACCCAUCGUGGAGGAACUGCCACCUGUUCCCAACUACACUCUCCGGGCUCUUCUGGAGGAGAUGCAACUGUCGAGACCUUGCGUUGAGAUAGCAGCCUGCGCCGACGGAUGGCAGCAGCUACGUGCUAAGGCCAGGAUCCACCAGCGAUGCAUGGCCUGCGAAGAAUAUCACUGUGAUGGGAUUUUUGGGUUUUGUUCGGUGUGCCUUGAUGCCGUCCGCCGAAUGAGCACCAGGCGGUUGCUAACCGCCGACGACAUCUUCCGCACACUUCCGGUCGAGGAAGUUCUGGAGAAGACUCGGCAGGCCAACCACCAAGCAAAGUUGUUCAACAGCCUGGAGUACCAAAGAAGAUACCUGGACGGAGUCAUCCCUCCUCUUCCUCAGCCAGUAUUUAUGCCAGGGCCGAUGUUCCGCAGCCUCGUGGGAUCGGUGAAGAAGGGCCUCGAACCGCAGGCCUUGGCGGCGAAGUUGUCUGAGCUUGAGCACCCCGUCUUGUCCUCUGAGCAAUCGGAGUCGCUGCUGGAGGUCUUGCUGCAGGCGGUUGCCGACCCUUCGCGCGUCUACGAGUAUGAGCACAUCAUCUGCAGCCGUGUGCUCGACUUCUGGAACCUUGCUGGGAACACAACCGGAGGAUGCUACUACGGCCUCACAUACGUUGAGGAUGCGCGACCCCUCACCCAGGGCGAUGCGAAGGAGCA